AUGAAAUUCUCUGAAGAACAAAAACGUAAAUUAAUUGGUAAACUUGCUGCAAUCUCAAGAGGAAAAGAUUUCAGGUCUCAGUCUCCUUCUGAUAAUACUGAUCCCACUACUACUACUAUACCUAUACGUGUGAGAUUACGUACAAUUAAUUCUGUGGUUAUAAUUAACCCUAAAUCUAUUUCCAUUAAAACCUCCAUUCUUCACAUGCCUCCCGAAAUAAUGUUGUGCAUAUUUGAUUUCUUACCUUCACGAAAAGAUUUUUACUCUUGUCUUUUUGUUUGUAAACCUUGGUACAUCAUGGUUACUCCAUUUCUUUACAAAUCUCCACAAAUUUAUCAUCGGUUUUCUUCAAUGGAUAUAGCAGUAGCUUUUAUUGAUUCUACCACAACUCAUUUAUCACCUUCCAAACUUAAAUACGCUCUAAGUUCCAAGACAAGACUUCCAUUAAAUUUUCCUAUUGAAAAAUAUGGAUCAUUUAUUAAAAUAUUAGAUUUAUCCAUUGGAUCUGAUUAUGUUACCGAUUCAACAAUUCAAGCCAUAGCUUAUUCUUGUCAUAAUUUACGAUUAAUUAAUUUGAAUAAUUGUAUUCAUAUAUCAGAUAAUUCAUUGGAAUCACUUUCAAAACAUCAAUGUUCAUCUACUUUAGUAUCUAUCAAUUUAUGUGGAUGUCGUAAGAUUACAGAUAUGGGAAUCAAAAUGUUAUCAAAAUCAUGUCAAGGAUUAACAUCAUUAAAUGUAGCAGAUUGUGGAAAAAUUACAGAUCAAAGUAUUAUAAUGAUUUCAAAAGGUUGUCCAAGAUUACGACAAAUUCGAUUAUCAGAUUGUCCUAGAAUUACAGAUCAAUCGAUUGAAGCUUUAAUAUUAAAUUGUUCACGUCUCUGUUGGUUAGAUAUUGCACGUAUUGGAAGAAUUACAGAUUCUACAGUUCGUCUUAUUGCUAAUAAAUGUAAAGAAAAUAUGGAAUGGUUAAAUUUGGCGCGUCCUUCACCUAUAGAAGCAGUUUAUUCAUCAGCUCUUGCAAGUCCUACACUUCUUCCAGUAUCAGUGGGAGGGAAUUUUCAGAGUAAUGAAGAAGAAGAAAUUACAGAUCAAUCAAUUAUAAUGUUGGCAAAACAAUGUCCAAAUCUUCAAUUACUUGAUUUAUCAUAUAUGAACUCUAUAACAAAUCGAGCAAUUGAAGCAAUUGCAAAUAAUAGUUUUUCACUUAUAUGUCUUACUAUUAUUGGAUGUAGAUUAGUAACGUGUGACUCACUUAGAUAUUUGGCACAAUUAAGACGAAAAUCAGGACAUUUAGGAUGUAUAACAAUGGGAGAUGCGGUCGGAAUUACAGAAGAAGAUAUAGAAAGUAUUACAAAUGAACCUGAAGGAUUGUUGAGUGGAUGGCAAAAGAGUUCAGUAGAUGAAAAUAGUUUGAAAGAAAUUUUGGAAGGUGUAAGUUGGGAAGCAGUUGGAACGUGGUAA